AUGGGCAUCUGUCAGGAAUUGAACGUACCGGCUGGAGUCAUUACUGGUGACAAUGUCCGUAAGGUUUUCAACUACGCACGCGCUAAGGGUUUCGCCAUCCCCGCUAUCAACUGUACCUCCACAUCUACUGUGUGCGCUGUAUUGGAUGCUGCCAAGGAACUGAACGUUCCUAUCAUUAUUCAGUUCUCCAAUGGUGGUGCUGCGUAUAUGGCUGGUAAGGGCUUGGAUAACAAGGAGCAGAAAGCCUCCAUUCUUGGAGCUGUUGCUGGAGCCCACUACGUCCGAAUGGUAGCCCCUGCUUAUGGCAUCCCCGUCAUCGUGCACUCCGACCACUGCGCCAAGAAAUUGCUGCCCUGGUUCGAUGGCAUGCUUGCUGCUGAUGAGGAGUACUUCGCCAAGCAUGGUGAACCCCUGUUCUCGUCCCACAUGCUCGACUUGUCCGAGGAACCGAAGGAGGAGAACAUUUCUAUCUGCUGCAAGUACCUGGAGCGGAUGGCAAAGAUUAAUUGUUUGCUCGAGAUGGAAAUCGGUAUCACUGGCGGUGAGGAAGAUGGAGUGAACAAUGAAGGCGUUGACAACGCAGCCCUCUACACCCAGCCCGAAGACAUUCUCGAGAUCUAUAAAAGGUUCUCGGAGCACACCGACUUGUUCAGCAUUGCUGCUGCCUUUGGUAACGUUCACGGCGUAUACCAGGCUGGCAACGUGAAGUUGCACCCGGAACUUCUCGGCAAGCACCAGGCUCAUGUGAAGAAGGAGUUGAAACUCGAGAGCGACAGACCCGUUUUCUUCGUCUUCCAUGGCGGUUCCGGAUCGACCAAGCAGGAGAUCGCUACGGCUCUCUCUCACGGUGUUGUGAAGAUGAACAUUGACACUGACACUCAGUGGGCGUACUGCAGUGGUUUCCGUGACUACUUCAACGCGAAGGCCGACUAUGUCAGGAACCAAGUUGGCAAUCCUGAAGGUGCCGACAAGCCCAAUAAGAAGUACUACGAUCCCAGAGUCUUUGUUCGUGAGGGUGAAAAGACUAUGACCAAGCGCGUUAUUGAGGCUUGCAAGGACCUUAAGAACGAGAACACAUAUUAA